AAGCCCAAUAAUGAACCCGACCCGAGACUAUCUUCGCAUAUAUACCUCAAAGAACCCCCGUUGGCAUGAAUCCCAAAGGCAUUUGAAACCCUAGAAGGUCAACCAUGGAUCCUCAGCAGCCGGCAGAGCCUGUGUACUACAUCUGUGGAGAUUGCGGCAUGGAGAUCCCUUUGAAGCCCAACGACGUGAUUCAAUGCCGCGAGUGUGGCUACCGCAUCUUGUACAAGAAACGCACUCGUCGCAUUGUUCAGUAUGAGGCACGCUGAAGACACCCUGCAGGUGAUGGCCAUUGAUCAAGAUUCAUGUGCUUUGGUCCGUUUGAAAGUAGCCUUGGACUGGUUCUUCAAUCUGUAAUAAUUUAGGUGCUGACUGAUUAUGUAAUGAUAAUUAUCAUAUGAGUCUAUUAAUCUAAGAAAUAUUCUUUGACCAUCUGUGGAAUGAUAAUAAUACUCUGCUUAGAGUCCUGAACAACAGA